GGGAUAAUUUUGCAUUUGCAAGCAAAAUAGAGUAGAGGGUGGUUCAUACCGUUUGAUAUUCAAAUUUUGAAAACCCUCCAUUUUAUAAGCGCCCUCGCUCAUAUAAUCUAUGGCAAAACUUUGAAAUAAUAUUAAUACUAUGAACCCUUCAAAAUACCCAGAAAACAGAGAGCUCAGAUCUAAAUUUCUUCUCAUUUCUAUCACCCAACUCUUCUAGAUUCAAACACUUUGAUAAUUAAUGGAAUCUCUUCCCGAUGCAAUUAUCCAUUACAUAUUGUCCCAAAUGAAGAAUGCAAGGGAUGUUGCUAGUUGUAAAUGUGUUUCCAAGAGAUGGAAGUUUUCAGUGCCUUAUCUCAAGAGCCUUUACUUUCCUCGCAAUGCUUUCGAUAGCUACAAUGGCAUGGAACAUCCCGAUAGCAUCGUGUAUAAGAUGAUAGCUUUUAUGGACCGACUAGAAGAGCUUGUCGUAUAUAGUCCAUUCUCAAGCGCAGGCCUUGCGUCAUGGCUAUUGCUCGCAGGUUUAUCGCUCAGGCAUCUUGAACUUAGAAUUGACAAUCUUUCUGAUUACGAAACCUGUCUUGAAAGCCGCACGAAAUUAGAUUGCAUCAAUGCUGCUAAAAAUUUGGAGUCUUUGAAACUUUGGGGUGUCUUAAUGGUACACUCGCCGAAAUGGGAUAGCUUUGCGAAGCUUCAAACCCUUGAAGUUGUUGGUGCUAGAUUGGAAGAUAAUGCAUUACGUGCUGCCUUGCAGGCCUGCCCUAACUUAAAAAGUUUGCUCCUGCUUGGUUGUGAGGGUGUUAGAUCUAUUUCAAUUGAACUGCCACAAUUGGAGCAAUGUAAGCUGGACUUUUAUGGCUUGGGUAAUAGCUCACUUACCCUUACUUGCCCAAAAAUGGAAUGCCUUGAAGUACAAGGUUGUAGUUGGAUUAGGGUUCGCGAGACUAACUGUUUGACAAAACUUUCAAUCUCCAACAAUGCCGCAGGAAAGGUGUACAUGGUGGAUUUUGGAAAGCUUUCAGCUCUGGAGUUUUUAUCAAUUAGAGGAGUCCAGUGGUGUUGGGAUGCAAUUAGCAAAAUGCUUCAAUGGGCGAGUGAAGUGAAGCAUCUAUACAUGAAAGUUGAAUUUACAGGGGAUUUUGAUCAACUUCUGCCUUUCCCAGAGGUUGAUUUUGUCGAAUUCUUUAACAGUCAUCCCAAAUUGCAGAAGUUUGAAAUCCAUGGAGCUAUGUUUGCAGCUCUUUGCCAGAAGAACAGCCUGAAAAAUGUUGAGUCAGGCUUUGUGAUUCCUUGUUUGGAGGAGGUAGUGAUUACAGUGAGAUCACCAUUAAAUGCUGAGCAGAAAAUGAGCAGCCUCGAGUCGCUGUUGAAAUACGGUAAGCGUUUAAGUUCGAUGGCAAUAAGGAUCCUGCAGAUGAAGAGCAACCAUAGUAGUGCAGAUGAUUUCUUUGAUGAGAUUUGCAGGUUCCAGCGUAUGAACCGUAAGAUUGUUCGAAUCGAAUAAAAGCUUACUACUUGGUGACUGGAAAACUCCAUUCCCAAAUUUAUUGUUGUUGUGUCAAUUCACAUCAUUCAUUGUUGUUUACUGAUCAACAGUUUUGACCACUGAUUUAAUUCUUUAAUGAUUGGACUCAA